CGUCACGGCCGGCAGGGAUACCGGCGGAUCAGCUGCCGCUGCUCGCAGAUACAUGGCUGCUCUCAGGAACCUGUCAAUGGUGAUCGGGGCGGCUGUGGCGGCGCUGGGGUCGGUGCUGUUCAUCGCUUGGAACCGUUAUGUGCCCGGCAGGAGGAAGUGGCGGCGGACGGGCUGUGAGCUGGAGUAUCGGACGAUGUGUGAUCAGCAGAUCUAUUUGGACCGGCAGAUUUUAGUGCUGGGGUUGGAUGGAGCAGGUAAAAGUAGUAUAAUCCAUGCUUUAAGCACCAACACCACCAGGUCCAGAUCGGCACCGACCCAUGGGUUUAAUACAGCCCAGAUUCUCAGCCAGGGACUCAGGAUUGAACUGUUGGAGGUGGGAGGCAGUCAGAACCUCCGGACAUACUGGAACCAGUAUCUUAAGAAGGCCCAUAUUAUGGUCUUUGUUGUGGAUUCCACAGAUGACAUACGCCUGCAGUUAGCAAGACAUGAAUUACAUAGACUUUUAGAAGAGGCACCGCUCCUGCCCCUUGUGGUGCUGGCAAAUAAACAGGAUUGCAAGUCUGCUCUUAUCACAUCAGACAUUUACUCAGAGCUAUCAUUGCACAGAAUCCAGGGGGUAAGAGAAGUGACACUGCUGGGGACUAGCGCUGUGUAUGAUGGGUAUGGAAGCAGCACCUCGUUACAGACUGUGAGAUCAAUGUUGGAGAAAAGGUUGCACAAAAUAAAGGAAUCUGAAGAAACUACAAACAAUCUCCAAAGCAACCACCAUAGGACAUCUCUGUAAAAAGUGCCUAAUGGACACAGCCUGGAAUGUGGCUCCACUGAAGGAUAACUUGAGCAACUGAGCAACUCCAUCUGUGUGGUGGAGAGGAAGGAUCUUGGUCAGGACUGACCAGCAGCUGCCAUGUGUAACAUUUGGAUGUCAGAAGGCACAUAACUGGGGCAGGUCCUCAUUACACCCUGUGGCCUUUUGGAAGGCUUCUGCUGAUUGAAACAUAAUUUAUUUUAUAAAGACUCUUUUCUAAUAAGGAA